GUUUACGCGGUGACGUGUACCGGAACUACGGUCUGACAAGAGACGGUACGCUUCCGUGGAUCUGUACGUUUCGGAUAAAUCGGAUAGCGAGAUGUAUUAUCAAAUUUAGCUGCAUUUUUGUGUUCUUUGUGAAUCGAAUGGCAUCAUAUUUUUUGUAAGUAGCGAUUUAAACACAGAUCGUCCUAAUACAUGUAGCAAUACUCACGAUCCGGUCUGGUCCACAAAGCCGGCUGUCACACCUGGGACUGAGGUGUCAUCAUUGUACUGGGGGGACAGGUCCUGAAUGAGGUAGCUGUUUGUGCCCAAGAUUAUGGCGAGUCCAAAUGAUCUGCAAUUUCAAGAGUUUGAGGAGGCAGCUCAGCUGUUAUCCUCCAACCCUGGAGCCUCCACUCUGAGUGUGUCCACAUCCAACAACAGUGUGUCAGCAGAGGGCAGAAGUGAGGAAGUGAAGCUGGACCUGUCUGAUGAGGAGGAGGCCGAACAGGAAAGCUCUGAGCUCUUAGGAGGGCAGAAGCCUACUGGAGGAUUCUGGACAUUUGAGUACUACCAGUCUUUCUUUAACGUGGAUACUACACAGGUGCUGGAUAGAGUCAAAGGAUCUGUGAUGCCACUACCAGGACGAAACUUCAUCAAACAUCACUUGAGGAGCAACCCAGAUCUAUAUGGACCAUUCUGGAUCUGUGUGACCCUGGUGUUCACUGUGGCUAUCAGCGGGAACCUGUCCACGUUCCUCAUUGAGAUGGGGAAUCCUGCUUAUCAUUAUACUCCACAGUUCCACAGAGUGACGGUGGCCUCAAUAGUGAUCUUCCUGUAUGCCUGGCUGGUGCCCAUCAGCCUAUGGGGCUUCCUCAGCUGGAGACAAGGGGUGGAGAGGCAGGUGGGAGGCUACUCUUUCCUGGAGACAGUAUGUGUCUACGGCUACUCCCUCUUCAUCUACAUCCCCACUUCUAUUUUGUGGAUCAUACCUUUUGAGUGGCUGCGCUGGACGUUGAUGGUGGUUGCUAUGGUGAUCUCAGGCUCAGUGCUGGUGUUGACCUUCUGGCCAGUGGUGCGAGAGGACACUAAACCCAUGGCCGUGUCCACUGUGGCCAUUAUAGUGGCUCUGCACUCCCUACUGGCCAUCGGCUGUAAGAUGUAUUUCUUCCAGACCGCUUCACACAUCUCUCCUCUGCCCCCCACCACUGCCCCAAUUCAGAUAGAUACCCAGACCACUCAUUUCGGAUCCACUCUGAACUGAACCUGGACCAAACCUGGACUAAACCGGGUCUCUGGACUCCACACAGACUCUAUACUGUGGAUCUUUCUGCUGCUGUGGCUGAAGAGAUAACUGUGAAUGACAGCAAUAACUCUGGUGGUGAAGAAUGUGCUUUGUCUAUUUAAUUUAAUCUGAUAAUAUUUAUGAAGAGGGAGAAUUAAGAAAACUUAAAUCAUCAAACUUAAGAAUUAUUAUUUUCAUCUGCUCUGCACUGUUCAUUUUUGGCAAAUGUUUCCUCAGUUAAAUGAAGUCACUUGUUGUAUUUUGGUGAACUGGUGACCUGGUACCCUCUCCAACAGUGUUUCAUGAACUAAACCCAUAGACUGUAUAUAUAAAUGGACAUAGCUAACCUGCUAGCCGCCACAUUCUAAAUGGGAUUUGAGCAUGGGCGUGCUUCAAACUAAAUCAACUCUGGCUCCAAUUCACUUUACACUGAAAAACAUUGAAAAACUGUGACCCCUCUCCUUGUAAGUGUUGCUAUCAGACUGGUCAUUUUGCUCUUAAAAUGUUCUGUCAAACUGGUAAGAGAGCUGGAAAAUGUUUGUAUUAAUCUGUGCUACAUGAUCCUGGCGUGUUUAUUUGGCUAUUUUGUCCAUAAAUCAAUAUAUAGACAAUAAUAACAGAGCAAUGAGACGCCCUCUUUUUCCAAGGUCGUUCCCUCUAGUGUUAGCAAGAGGUUUGAUUAACUAGGCACCGGCCCGUGGUAAACCAGCAGUGCGAGUGGGAAGGGGCAUUACCUUUAACAGCCUCGCUCCCCAUUGGCUCUUUGGUUGCUAUGAUACUCGCGGUCAGAAUUCCAAAUAUGGAACCUGAACGAUCUGGAUGACGUCACACUCACUUUGUCCACUACUUUAUACAGUCUAUGACUAAACCAAAACUAAACUAGGAUUGUUAGGGACUUGGGUCACUGCAGCCAACCUCCUGACAUGUCCUUUUUCAGACCUAUUUGAAAAUCCAUCUAGUUUACUUAAAGGAUCCAUAUUACACAAUUUUCUAAUCUAUGUUAUAAAGUUGUUCCCUCGUCAAAAGCAUAUGCAACAUUGUUUUGUUUCAUUCACUCAUGUUUAACACACAAAUCCUGUGUAUUUAGGAGUUCUUCUCUCAAACAGAAAACACUCUGUUCCACCUUGUGAUGCCACUGUGCUUUUAAACUCCAUUUAAACUCCUUCACUAGAAUCAUUUGGAUGAUGAUUUUAGCUCUGGAAUUGCCAAUCUGUACUGAACAAAAGGUAAAAGAUAGCUGUUAACUUGAAAACUGUCGCUUCAUGAGAUCACAAGGCGGGAACAAAGCAUUUUGAGCUUUGGAGACGUAGACAGACUAAUAAUAAAGGGUGACUGAAGCGUGUGAAUGAAACAAAACACAACUACAGGUAUGUUUUUAAUGAGGUAACAUCAUUAUAACCUGGCUGAAAGCUCACGAGAGUCCACUUCGUGUAAUAUAGGAAAUUCAUCUAUUUUUUAUAAUAAUAAAUUACAAAAUGUUCUUUUAAUACAGGAUACAUUAUGUAAAAUAUUAUAACCAUUGGCUUACAGUAUUGUAUUUCAAUGGAUUCAUACAUAUAUUCUUGUAUUGUUCUGCAUUUGAAUCUUGACUGCUCAGAAAAUUUAAAUUUUCACCCACCCUCUAUCUCCGCCCCCUGCUCUGUAUUUGCGACUAUUAAAAAAAAAAUUCACGAUUUUUAGCAAUAAAAAUGAGUACACAAAAUGCAACAUGCUUGACAUGGUGUUAUAAUUUAAAAAUAUUUACCUGAAAAAAAGCAUAAUUUGUCUUUAAAUUUUCCUAAAAUCUUCUAAUCUUUGUGGCACACUUUCAGGGAUACAACAUUUGAUUUUUUUUUUUUCUUAAUGUGUUUUAUUUAUUUUUUCUUCUCAUUCAUCAAGAUCAAGAAUAACAUUAUUGUAUGUUCCACAUUUGUUGGUAUGUUGGUUGUCAACAUAAUGUUUACACUUCUGAAGGAGCUUAGUAAUACUUCGAGUUCACCAUUGCGGGAUAGGACAAAGCCUAGAGUUCUGCAUGUUUUUUAGUAUAAUUGCAAACUACUGUUCCUUGAAAUAAAGGAGUGCGCU